CACACGGCACAGCAGAACGCGACUUGAGCUCAUUGUAACUUACCGCGCCGCCGCCAGUAGCGCGGACAUCGUGUGAACCGUGAGCGUGCGUUUUUCCUUCGUUGGGCAAUUGCGAAAAUAUUUAUAUCGCGGGGUCGUCGUAACUUUCACCGGCGAGUUUGGAGGAUUUCUGUGACGUUGUUUUUAUUGUGCUUAUUUUGCGCCCGUUUAGUGAUCUAAGGUUCAACUAUUUGCUACUGUCCUAAAAGUUAAUCCGUUCGUGGUGCGGACAUAUCUUCACGGUGUAUGGAUCACAGUUCGCCGAAAUCUGCCCGCCCGGGAAUAUAAAUAAAGUUGCUGUAGCUGAAAAUGUGUAGUGUUGGAUGAAUUUACGACUUUUUCGACGGAAAUUUGUUUGUUUUGCCUCCCGUUGGAUCUGUUUGGUGCUCAAACGUAGCUACAGCGAAAUUCAAUUCGAAAGGAAACCCCGAGGCAGAACACGCGAGCAGUGUUGUGCGUCAGACUGUGAUUUUGCAGCAUCGUCACCGCUGCGCAGCGGUUUCGGUAGCCAGAGGGAGACAAGACAGGCUGGUUUAUAGCCAAGUUAAUUAUAUUGUGGUCUGCAAUGGACGCCGCUGACGAAGUUCACCACCGUGUGCCAGCUCGAUGUGAAUUCAAUCGGCUGAGUACUAUCCGCGAGCGUAGCAGCCGGAGCAGCAGUACCGAUGACUCAGAUUUCUUAGAUAUACCACUACCACCGGUACCUCCCCGGGAGACGGAGGACGUUCAACCUGAACCCACUGACACGCCAGCAGAUUUUUUCUACUCUCGAAUGCAGGAUUUCGACGAUGAACCCGAAGUUUCCCGGGAGGAUCUGCGAUCGAUCGAUAGCAGCAACUCGAACACGGUUCAUGAGAACUCUUGGAGCGUCAACAACAGCGGAAGCACCACGUCUGCCAGCUGCUGUUCGGUAGACGAAGCGCUGCUCUGUUUGGAGGAUGAAGGGGACUACGAGGAACGAUCCUCCGCUUACAGAGACAAAUCACCCUUCCCGUUGAGAUCACUGUCUGCCUCGCCGGAUCAGCAACAGCUGCAGCAGCGUCGGCGAAGAAGAACGAAAUAUCGCAGACGUAAAGCAGAUGAGUCAACCUGUCGCGACGAUGACUUCACCUGGGUCAACUCUCGGAACGAGGCUCCCAAGGCAUCGAUCGAUUCCGAUCGCAGAUCCACCUCGCACACCACCGUUGGGGGUCGAUCGGUAAGAAGCCGUACCGGCGGCGGCCAAGAUCCUAACACUACCGCGAAUGUCGCACCAUUAACUCCGGAGUCACCGCUGGGGCCCGGCUGUGGCAAACCGCCGCGUCCCAUGACCAGUAGUCUGGAUCGCCGGCGCCACAAUCUGGGUGCCAGUCGGUAUGAGCGGGAUACCAAAAGCCGGAGCACUCACUCACUGAAGGAUAAAUCUUCCUCCUCGGAGUUGCAUAAACCGGACUCUCAAUCAAGCAGCCUGAGUUUGAAUUCUAAAGGUAAAGCGGAGCGUAAACGCGUUGGUCCCGGAAAAGGUGCCAUAGAUGAUAAGUUUUGGAUUUUUGAAGAACACCAGCACGAUUCGGGUAACUAUAACAACUACAACAGCAGCGGAAGCAGUCAUCAUCACCAUCACGGUAAUAGCAGUAGGCAAAGUCCUGGAAUUUGGGAGCCCCCACCACCGCCGCCGACCUCGCACUGGGAUCCACACUACUAUUGGAACUGGAACCAUCAGAGUCGGGAAGAAUUGCGACUGAUCGAUUACCACCGAAGGCAGCAAGAAAUGUACCGCUAUGGAAGCAAUGGAGCACUUAGCAGUACUCAGGAAUCGCCUUGCUCCAGCGGCUGCUGUAAUCGUGGAUAUUAUCAACCGCCACCGCCCCCGUGCUGCUCGUGCGAACACAGCCGAAUGAUUUGGGGGAAGGAUUGUCAGCGUCAGGACACAGACGAACGGCUCCGUCGGCUGCAAACGGACAAGGAAGCGUUGGCCCUCCAGGUUAAGGUGCUGACCGAACAGGUCCAAACGCAGAGCACCAAGAUCACGGAGCUGGAGCGGACGGUGCACGAGAAGAACAAGCUCAUAUCGAAUGCGGACGAUCUUUUGCAGCGAGUAAGCGAAUUUGCCAAAACAGUUGGCAUCCAGAUUGACAAACAGAAAGAAAUGCUUUCCCGCUCGUCGCUGGAAACCCAAAAGCUAGAACUGAUGUCAGCCAUGAGUGAGCUAAAACUGCAGCAAGCGGCCCUGGAACGCGAAAACCUAGAACUGCGCUCUAGUCUGGUAAACGGCAGUGGUACACUUAGCAACGGAACCCUCCUAAGCAGUAGCACCCUCAACAACAACAACAUCACAGCGAGUAUCAUCCGACGAGCGACGCCGAUGCUUGGUAUCGGCCGAAUGGUGACGUCCACACCGGGAAACUCGAUCAACUCGUCACCGCUGCAUCAUGGAAGCCACGGCAGUCUACCGCAGCAAGUCGUUACAAACUUACCUAGUCCAAGCACGCCAAAAACCCCACCAGCAUCCUACCGGCAGCGAGUGGACAUACACUACAACAGUCUUCCACGGCAAGCAUUCGCAACGACCCUAUCGACAGUGAGCGGAUCGAGCGGUAGUUCCGGUGCAAGCGCCACAACCAACGGUUCCUCCAGCGUCGACGCGAACGCCAACCUACGACGCAACGUAGCAUUCGCAAUCGCUCCCGCAGUCGAUGUCGAACGUGGUGCCUCUAGCAAACCAGCUUUCAGUAUGUCUUCAUCGAUGAAUGCUCUCUCCCUAACCUCCGCGCUGGGUUCCAAUCUGAAGGGUCUCAAACCAACUUCCGUUUCGGUGCAGAACAUCCACUGCUCGGAACCGGUCGGUACAUCCCGCGAACAGCUAAUCGACCUCGAUCAGGAUCACCAGGAACGGGCAACCACGGAACCUCCGUCCGGGUCAGCCACGGUGGUGGAAGUUCCGAAAUCUCCACAGGAUGCGCGAAUGGCUGCCAAGAGUACCCCGGCUAUAAUGGCUGAAUCUUCAACUCAGCGGCAACCAUUCUUUCCAGCCAUCGCCACCACAGGCAGCAUCGUUGAGCAGACGAUCGAGAAAACACGUGGAUUUUCAGUGCCAAAUCUAGCUGAUUCGGGAACCGCAUCCAGCGACCGGACCGAUGGUUCCGCUAGCCAACGCAACUACACCCCAAAUCCCACCCCGUCGCCAUCGAUGAGUCACAAAAAUCUGAAGGGUCUGCGUAACAUCUUCGGAAAGAUCAAGCGCAGCAACAGCGGAACAUUGGAGGACGUCCCAUUGGACAACGGUGAGUUCAGACGGGGUGGUAUCCGAGCGACGGCCGGAGCACGGUUAGGUUGGAGUGUGGAGUUCCGCAAACCGGAUAAACCGUUCCGCGAGUGGAGUCUGGAUACGCUGUGUCUGUGGUUCGAACAGAUGGGACUGAACAUGUACGAGGAGGAACUGCGAAGGUGGCUCAAGGUGGGCGGGGCGGCGGAACUUGCCCAAGCUUCACCGGUGGACAUCGAGAAGGAGUUGAAUUUGAAGAAUCCGUUGCACAGGAAAAAGAUUGUUCUGGCGGUAGCCGAUAUGGCGGAAAGCGAUGAAAGUGAUACGCUGUUCAAGAAUUCGGGGAAGCUGGAUACGCCUUGGGUUAUUCGAUGGUUAGACGACAUUGGCUUACCUCAGCACAAAGAUAGUUUUACUGCUGCGCGCAUGGACGGUCGUAUGCUGCACAAACUGACCAUGGACGACCUAGUCAACUUGCAUGUUAGUUCUUGUUUGCACGUCGCUAGCUUACGGCGAGGUAUCCAGUUGAUGCGGGAACAGCAAUGGAAUCCGGACUGUCUCAUCCGACGCUCCAUCACCGACGAUUCCUGCGGAAUAAAGGAUGAAGUUCAGCUGUGGAGUAGUCAUCGUGUUAUGGAAUGGUUACGUUUGGUAGACCUAUCGGAGUACGCUCCCAAUUUACGAGGUGCCGGUGUGCAUGGAGCACUGAUGAUGUACGAGGUGAAGUUCACUGCCGAACUGCUGGCUGAACUACUGAGUAUGCCACCGAGCAAGACGCUACUGCGGAGGCAUCUAGCGACGCAUUUUAAGGAACUGCUUGGACGAGAUAUCAUACAGGUCAAACGAGACGCUGAGAAUACUCUCGGAUUUCAACCGCUCACGUUGGCAGCUAAAAUAAAGACUCCCAAGAAGUCGCAGUUUUCGCUGAAGCGCAAAAAGAGUUCAAAGGGGCAGAACGGGGACGAGUGGAGCGAUUAUGUUUGCCCGAUGGGUGACUCAGGUCAGGAACAUCUUCCUCCGCAACGGCAGCAUCCAUCACCGUCACCGUCUGCAUCCGCUGCUAGUUCCGUUAAUUCUGCUGUUGUUGUUACUACUACUACCAGUGCCACUAGUGCCAACCGCCAUCAACACCAGCACCAAAGUCACAACUCACACGCCUCAAGUGCUUCCCCCUAUUCAGCUAACAUUAAUCAUGUCACUAGCAAUUCGAUGGCGGCUACGACGAAGAUUCCCUACACCACCUACCCCGACAGUACGCUCAGCAGCAGCACCACCAGCAGCACAACGACUUCCGGAGCCGGGUCCGAGGUUGCUUCACAUCAGCAACUGCUGACUAACGUCAACAGCACCGCUGGAUCCGAUUCGCCCACGUCGACGCGUAGCUCGACGACGUCCACCUCCUAGCAGCGACUGAUCUCGGCGGCGUGCUCCGCCUCGUCGACCGGAUCCUCAUCCCCGAUACCAAGCAGUCUGAUGUCGAGCAAGAACAACUACUUUAUUGCCUCCUUCUCACCGGUGAAGGACGUUUAUAAAUCCGUUUCGACCAGCUCCAACUACUCGUCCUCGUCGUCGCUGGUAUCCACGGCGAGUUCAGCAAGACCACAGUCCCAGCAGUCGCAGUCGCAGCAAUCACACCCACAACAGCAACCGCAGAAUCAGCAACAACAACAGUCGCAAGUUACAGGAGAUGGCGACACGGGCGUUCCAGUGCAAAGAUCUGCAUCGUUCAACGCCACCUGUACAGUUCCACUUAGUGUUAGCAAAGCCACACACGUCAAAAACUCCGCAUCCUUCAGCAGUUGUUCACUACUGACAAAGGUUGCUAAAAAAUCCGGAAUUACAGGUUCGCUAACCGCCAAUUCACUGCUGAAAUUCUCCACGUCAAAUUCCGCCAGCAGUUUGCAACAAUUAAAACAGCAGCAGCAGGCAAAUGGGAUCACCAUAUCCAGCAACAUAACCGAAGCUCUGGCCAUGGCUGGUAAGAACCCCAACCCCUGUCUGUCAGCAUCCUCUUCCGGACAGUUGAGAACAUCUCCAUCGGCUUCCUCGUCGACCUCGCUUGCAUCCUCGACGACCUCGGCAGUGACGGCGACUGCUGCUGCUGCUGCUUCUGCAGCAGCCGCGAGCUCUUCACCGAGCACAUCCGCCGCUAGUAGCACUACUACUCCCGCUACUCUAUCGCUAUCUCAGUUCGGCAAAAACAACAUGGUUGAUUAUUACGUUUAGUAUUAGGUAAACCUGUAGUCAUCAAAUUGUAGGGACAAAUAUACCGUUUCGUUUUAGGUAGAUCACGUGUUACGAAUGUUUUCCGUUUGUUUGUAGAGUAACGUAAUAUUCCUUACCCUUCUAUUUUUAAUCGUUGAGAUAAAAAAAAUCCUGAGCUAAGCAAACCACGAAACUAUGUACCAUUGAGGAAAAAUCUACCGACUACCAAUGGGAACAAACCACCCCACUAAAAACGACCAGAUAUUUAUACUAACAAGUACUAGGCUAAUAUUGAAACAAAAACUAUUCUAUUGUGUACCUACUGGAAGAGCUAUAAAAAGUGAGUAAAUUUACGGUUUGAGAACGAAAUCAUAUCUAAUACAAUUGGGAGUAACUCUUUGAAAUUUGUUCCCAAUUUCUACUAACCGAACUAUUCUUAACCAAUCAUUCGGUCUAGGAUCAACAGAACUGUCAAAACUAAUCGAAAAAUAACUGACCAUAGUUAGUAAUAUUUAGUGCCACCUUAAAAUCGUUUGAAUGUGCGAUCUCCUGUUUUCAAUCUUUUUGCGAUUAGACAUGAAAAGGUUUCCAAACUAUGAUUCUUCUGAAAUAUUUAAAUAUUCACCCUUCUAGAGAAUAAUAAGCAGGAGAAAAUGUCCCCCUUUCCGAAUCAAGCAUCAAAUUCCAGUAAGUAGUGAUUGACAAAAAAACACAUAAAUGACAAGUGACAAAGUAUUAAGUAUGUAGAAAUAAUCCACAUUAGUACCCCCAAACAUAAUGCUAGUAAGCCGAAAACUAUUUGAUGCCAAAGACAAUAAAGCACACAACAGUUGAUAAGGGUUACAGUUUUUUCGUCGUGUAGAAAAGUUUACAGGAAGUAAAGUUAGCAGUUACAUGAGGUGCAUAGUUACUCAACUUUACUAACAGUGCCAGCCAAUCUUUCGCGUCUAAAAUCUCUUCUCUAACAAAACUUCAUUUUCGUCUCUUUCUACUAAAUAAGGCUGGGAAGUUGCUAUCAUUUUGUACAACCUCUAUUGUAUGUCUUUUCUUCGGUGACAUGAAAAAAACAAUCCAAACUAAUGAUUUUAUCUUCUGCAUAAGCCACCACAGCAGAACAGUUCCACUGAUUGUUGUUAGACUAUAUUCGAUAACUGAACUAUCCGAAAUGCGCGUUAUUAGGCUAAAAACAGUUACAGUUGUUGACCACCAGAAUAAAUGGUAGCAAAAAUAAAAACAUAACUUUAAAUUUACAGUUGAAACAUCGUUUCCAUUGUUGCGCAAGUACUAACUAACCGACGAAUCGGGCAAAUAGUUACGAUUGGAGAUACCUUGCAACCAUAAAUAAUAAAGAAAAACCGACUCACUCUAAACGAUAUUUUUGAGGUUCAAUGGAAACAAGAUAUACUCGAGAAAACAUUUAAUAACUUUACACCAUGAUUACUAAACUAAAUUAUUGAAAGAUGAAAAUCCUUGUCAAUAUUAUACACAAGCGAAGCGAAUAACCGAAUUCUACCGAUUAUGAUAAAAUUAGAAAUCGAUGAUUGAAAACGUUUUUACGACAGUGGAUGAUUAAUAUUAGAGACUAGUACAUGAUCACAGAACACAAAGUAAUAGAAUUAAAUUGUAAUUGAAUUAUUGAGAAAAUUUAUCAAUAAAGUGAAAUUGAAGAGUAAAAAA